AUGAAGGUCAUCCAGAAAACAUGGCUCGGACAAUAUAGCAGCACCUCGGAAAUGCUACAACGCCUAAUUCACAUUGAUGCUCAAACGAGUCACCGUCGUGAAGGUACUCGGCCAGUCCCCGAUCUGGAGAGCUUGUCAAAGAUCAAAUCCAAAGGUGGAGAGUUCACCGUGAGAAAGAGUUUGUCUGCAUACUAUCGCCUUCCUGCAAGAUUGCCGCGAGUAAUUUCGUCUAACUCUUGCUUGAGAUGGGCGUCUCGAGCCAUGUCUUCCUUCAUUGGAGAGGAGAAUCAAAGCCCAAAUUAUGAUCCCAGAAAGUAUUAUCCUGCUCGCGUUGGAGAGACCAUAGCCAGGCGAGACCGUAUCCUCUCCAAGCUUGGCUGGGGGGCAGAUUCUACUGUUUGGCUAGCAAAAGACACUAGUCGGUCACCGAACCGAUAUGUGACGUUGAAAAUCACGAACUGUGGCGAAGCAGAGCAAAGGUCUGCUAACGAAGAAGUGGAAAUCUCGCGAUACAUUUCUCAGCUGCAGUCUAAUCAUGAAGGUCGGGCAUAUGUUCGGCUUGUGUGCGACUCUUUUCGCAUUUCACGGCGCGGGGGGAGAGCACUUAUGUUUGGGAAACACUUGGGGAGCAACGGCGUGCCUACUGCCGUCUUGAAACCAUUCCUGAAAAUGGUACUUCAGGGCCUUGAUUUUCUCCAUUCCGAGUGCCACCUUAUACAUACAGAUAGACUGCUUCUAAACUAUCUCAAGGCGGAUAACCUUCUUGUGGGAUUCGAAGACCUGGGUGUUCUUGAGAGCUAUGCUCGCCAACAAGAAAGCAACCCUGCUCCGUCUUGGGACGGUGACGGUCGUCCCGUAUUUCGGUCUUGUCCAGAUUUUGGGCAUCUGAGGAAAGGGGUAGGACUAGUCCAGAUCAGCGACUUCAGCGCCGCUGUUUUUGGCAACGUUCCUGAGCCUCAUAACUAUGGUAUCCAGCCCCAGCCCUUUUGUGCACCAGAGGUGCUCUUAAAGGCGACAUGGACGUAUAGUGCAGAUAUAUGGAACCUAGGCACCAUGUUAUGGGAGCUCCUUGCAGAUCGCGUUCUUCUUGAUGGGCUCGACCCUACAACCAGCACAUGCUCGCGAGAGAAGCAUAUCGCCCAGAUGAUACGGCUGCUUGAACCGCCUCCACUGCAGUUACUCAAAAGGGCAGAUCGACACAUUUGCUCCGAGCUCUUCUCCAGCUCUGGUAUGAUAUCCGUCAUAUGUCUGUGGUAG